CACUAUGCUCACGAAAAGGCUAAGUCCCCUCAAUAAAAUGCACAUCACGCGACGAAUACUUACACUAUGACUUCAAAUCAGACACUUGAUAGCCCUUUUGAGACGCGGGCUACCCCAUGAAAACGCAAGGUCUCUCCCUCUCGGCGAACUUGUCGAGCACAUGGGAUGUAUAUCCUUCGCAUAGACCAAAUAACCAAACAAACGGAGAUGGUCAUAUGACGGUGGCUUGCCCAGCAGCACUUCGUAAGGUGUCCUGUUAUUGAGAAUAGAAGAGGGAUGCCUAUUGACGAGAUACGUGGUUGUCAACACACAUUCACCCCAAAACUGCACCAGAAGUCCCUAAUGAAAUUGAAGAGCCCGAGCAAUCUCCUGUAAAUAUCGGUGUUUGUGCUCAGUGACUCGCUAAAACACAACACCAAACUCGAUAAAUUUAAUCGUAGAAUGGAAAUGCAGAAUAGUGGGUAAUUUUUACUUAUCAACCUGGGGUCUAGAUCUACUGCCUACUUCGUAAACUUCUAUUAUCUAGCAACUAAAGUGUAGUGAGUUGUUCAAAUGAAAAUUAAACCAAAAGCAGGAAAUGCUUUGGGUUUUCAAGUAUGCUAAAGGUCAUCCAGGUAUGGUUCCCCCUAGUAUGCAGCUAGUUCAUAUAAUAUGUUCCAAUUUACUCUGAUUGAUAGAUAUACUGCGGAAAGUUCUUGACAAGUCUGGAAUCUCGACUAAAGUAAUCCUAAUCCUCUUAGUUUGAAUACCCGACAGGUAACUAACCUCAACGACAUAAACUAACCAAGGCAAUAACACACCAAACGUCCUCUACUGGCUUUAAUUCCAGUACAGAGCAGUGAAUCGAUUUCUCGACUAAAGCAAUCGAUUUACCACUUCCAAUUGAAGGUUGCUCUAUUAACCUAUGCAGAGACUAUCGUUCUACGUUAAAGCAGGAAUCACAAAAGUUUGAUCAAGACUCAUGCAAUUCUGAUUAAUGCCUCAAUGGAAUAUAUCAAUCAAUCAUUCGCAAAUGGGGUUCAUACAACCAUUCCUAGCAUACAAAACUAGGUUUCUUCAUACCCAGAUGAAAAGGGAGUUUAAUCCAAGGAGAGAAGAGGAAACAUCAUGCUAGGAGGAGGAAUCAUCAUGCAAACAAUGAAAAUCUGCUCCAAGCGGCUAAUCAAUACUCUGAGAGUGAGGAAUCGAGGUCCGAGGUCUUCAGAUCGCUCCAAUCCUUGUCUAAGGGUUGUUUUUUUGUCACUUUCUCUCUCUGCUCUUUAGAACUAAAAAAUGCGGAUCCUUGGCAAUUUGCCCGAGCUGCCCCUUUUAUAUGUUGGAGAUUCGCGAUUUAUGGCCAAAGUUAAGGCCAUAACUCCCUCUCCCAACUCGUAACUUCUCCACAAAACAUCGUCAUCUUUGUGCUCCGUAAACCAAGAGUUACAACUCCUUUAGAGAAGUUAUGGUUGAGACCGUAGUUUUGAGGGGUAAGUCGUAACUUCAAAAACUCUCCUGGAACCUUCGGCAUCGCUUCCCCAAGUUACGGGUGUUGAGUCCGUAACCUCGAAGGUCUGGUAGUAACUUUAAAAGUGCUUCUGGAUUCCUAGCCUUCGCUCCUCCAAAGUUACAAGCUCAUGGAGAAGUUACGGUCCAUACCAUAACUUUUGAGGUCUGACCUUAACUUUUCCCUACUUUUUGUCCAAUCGCUCCAAAACGUCCCAAAAUGCGCUCUUGCACCCAUUCACGUACUAGGACCUGAAACAUCAUAAACCAACACAACCUAGCGUAAAAUAGGCAACGAGAGCGAGAAAGCGAGCUUAAAUGAUCAAUAAAUGAUGGGAAAAACAUGUUCAAAUACAAUGUUAUCACCCAACAACACCAUUAUGUUGUGGCGUGUUUACACACGAAGUUUGCAACAUAAUCCCAUUCACCGCAUAGUAACCACGCAAGGAAUGCGUCCCAAACUCCAACCCAUUAUCGGUCUGUAUCUUGCGAACCUGAGCUCCAUAUUGGGUUCGAACCAUUUCACAGAAAAGUUGGAUUCACCACUCAACCUCAUAUUUAAGCUUAAGAAGGUAUACCCAAGUGGUACGGCUAUAAUCAUCAAUCACUGUAAUGAAAUAACACGAUCCAUCAAAAAAAGGGGUAUGAUAACCACUGCAAAUAUCCAUAUGAACAAUGUCAAAACAAGCCUAUGUUUUGAUAGAAUGAGAAACGAAAGGUGCUCUAGUUUGUUUAGCACGUAAACAAGAAUCACAAUGACGAUUUUCUUGACAAAAAUCAGCCAAAAAAAUAGUGUUCUCCAAAUGAGAAAGCUUCGCAGGAGAGGGGUGUCCAAGCCGAUCAUGCCAGAGCUUUGCACUCAACUUCCCCGCCGCGGCAAGAACUCAGACCGGGGGCUUCCCAUCACGUGUUUGCUCUGUAUCCCAGUCUGCUGAAGAUAGAUGGCCUAUUCCAAUCAUAGUCUUGGAGCGUAAAACCUGAAUAACACAAAGAUUGACAAGAAAAGCAAAGCAACAUCAUGAUCUUUGGUGAGACGACUAACAGACAGUAAAUUACACUUGAAUAUGGGCACAUGAAGCACGCGAUCAAGUCUAAGACGCUCAUUCAGAGUUACUCUCCCAACCCCUGUGACUGAUAUACUAUCACCAUUAGUUAUUCGAGCCGCAUGUGUGCAGGUGACGUAGAGGAAAGAGAUUCCUUUAGCUUAUCAAACUGCACCCCUGAAAGGCCCAGGCUUUCUUCACUCUCAACAUUGGCUGCCCGAACCUGCAUAUUCUCUCUGUCCCCUUUGAUGUGAUGUGGUCCAGCACCACGCUCUCUAGAAUGUCAUUUACCAUUGUGUUGAGGGCAACCAAUGAGUUUGAAACAACUCUUUGGUGUGCCUCAACUUGUUGCAAUGAGCGCAUCGUGGCUUAUCCUCCUCAGUUUAUUUAUCUCCACGAGUGAUAAAUGCCACAGCUUCAACAGGUGGCUUGCGAGCAGUUGUGAUCAACCACUGUUGUUGCUCGCCAGCGACUAAUUGAUAAGCCUCUGCAAGUGAUGUUGUGGGCUUCAUGCUUAAGAUUUGUGACCGGACGACGUUGAAAGCAUCGUCUAGCCCUAGCAGAAAAUCAAAAAGGCGUUCUACCUCCUCCUUCUCCCUUGUCUGACGCUCGAUGUCACAUGUACAAGCACAAUAUGUGCAGCGGGGGUUAAGGGAAACCGAGUUCAACUCAUCCCACAACGUCUUCAGUUUUGUGUAGAAGGCGAAGAUUGAUUGUUUCUCUUGUCGGUGGGAGCUGGUGGCGCCUCGCAGCUCAUAUGCUCGACUCGCUGAUCCCUUCCCAAAGCGUCUCAGGAACACUGUUCCUGAUUUCCUUACUCAUGGCAUUCUUGAGCCACCCCUUUACGGUAGCAUCACACUGACCCAAGCAUCAUCUUGGAUCCCUGUCCCAACUUUCGAACUUAGAAAACUUCCGUCAACAAACGCGAGUUUAUUUUUAGCGAUGAGGGUCUCUAUCAUAUCACCUACCCACUCACCAUAGUUUGUAUUGGUCAAGAGAUCACUCCAAAAUAAUUGACCAGGAUUCUCAAAAUAGUGGAGGUAUAAGGGCGACGUGAGUGGAAUCGAAUCGGGGUCUGUGACGACCUCCUUAAUGCCGCUUUUGUCGUCUCCUCCACUCAUGAUUGCAGCUUACAAACAUAUGUGAAUGGUCGAUCGAUCACUGCUAUGAUACCAUGUAAAAUAGCGAUAAUCUUAAAGCGGAAAACAAAACAACACGAGAUUUACGUGGUUUCCCUGUUCGGUGAGAACAUGACUAGUCCACGAGAACGUGAAUUCUAAGUCGUUCGUAUUAUGAUUUGGCAGAAUAAUCUGCUGCAGUAGUACACGGCAAUAAGGCCUACAAACCCUUUUAUAUACUCAUCAUCACAACUUAGCGUGAGUAUUAGGGUCAGAGGUGUAAUAGUACAAAAAGCUCUUCGAAUAAUCUCGGACUUGCAAAUACACCUCAAAAUGAAACUCAAAAAACAGACAGAAUCACCAUCGACGAGUUGAAUCGGACCAAAUACACUUCUGAUAAUGAUACCCAACUUCAGUGCUUCGUGUGACGGUUGGCACACAAAGCUGAGUGGGGUGAUGUAUUGGUAAUUAACCAUAUUAGUGGGCCCAGUAGGCAGUAACUGUUGAGCUAUAGCAAGGGCCGAGGAGGCUCGAGUGUAUACGAAAUGGGCCGGGCCGUAAACUGGCCCGAUUCGCGCUAUCACCCGGGAGCCGAAAAUUAAAAAGAAACAGCGGGAGAUAUGCCGCUCUUCCCAGUUUUAACUUUCAGUUCGCCCCCGAUCGCCAUUUUCGAAUUCCAACUUUCUAUCUUCGUCUACGCUCUAGAAAUUAUCUGAACAGGCAGUUCGAGGUCGUAGGCAAGAAAAUGGUCGGGCGAGAUCAGGAGCUGGAGAAAGCAAGAUUUCUAAGCUUGGCGCUGGAUCUCGGCUUCGACGAGCAGUCGGCCAACAGGUGCCUGGACCGUUUGAUUUCACUCUACGGCGACGAUGGGAAAGAUUUUGUCACCGUGGAGUGCUGCGGCGACGAUUUCCUCGCGGCGCUGGCCGCGUCCAUGGAGGAUGCCGAGGACUGGGACGACGACUUGCGAGCUGUCGAAUCCGAAGCUUGCGGCACCUUGAAUGACAUGUUCGAUGAGGAUAAUAACACUGCUCGAGAGCCGAACGAUAGCAAGGCGAGUGGUUCUAUUGCGAACGGCUACUACAUCAAUCUCAGCGACGACUCGCCUCAGAAGGAGAGGCGGCACGAUUUCAUGGAGCUUGACUUGUCAACAAGUGAUAGCGAUGAAGAUCCUGAUUUUUGCAUGUCCGGUGAAAAGAGUUCUGUAACUGCUUCCUCGCUCGGCCGCUCUUCUGUAUCGAGGGGCACUGCUACCCAAGGUUCAGUUGCAUCAGGUGGCAGCAAGAAGCAGCCCCCUGCCGUGUCAAAGGGUGGACAUGGGACUCUGAGUUAUGAACAACUGCAACGACUGGAUGACAUUGAAUUGGCGAAUGCUGUCAUAUUUGGGAACAAGGCUUUUCGUCCGUUGCAGCAUCAGGCUUGUAGAGCAACGUUGGAGAAACGAGACUGCUUUGUUCUAAUGCCCACUGGAGGUGGUAAAAGUCUUUGCUACCAGCUACCAGCCACUCUGAAACCAGGCGUUACAGUAGUUAUAUCUCCAUUGCUGUCCCUCAUCCAGGACCAGAUCAUUACAUUAAACCUUAAGUUUGGGAUACCUGCAACUUUCCUCAAUUCUCAGCAAACUUCUGCUCAGGCAGCCGCAAUCCUCCAAGAACUAAGGAAAGACAAACCAUCAUGCAAACUCUUAUAUGUAACUCCGGAGAGGAUUGCUGGAAAUGCCUCAUUUUUCGAAACCCUCAAAUGCUUGCACCGGAAGGGCCAGCUUGCAGGUUUUGUAGUCGAUGAAGCCCAUUGUGUUAGUCAGUGGGGACAUGAUUUUCGCCCCGACUACAGGGAGUUGGGACGUCUCAAACAGAACUUUUCAAAUGUCCCAGUUAUGGCUUUAACAGCCACAGCAACCCAUCCAGUCCGCGAGGACAUACUAAAAGCUUUAAGAAUUGAACGUGCUCUUGUCCUUGAAACAAGCUUCGACAGGCCUAACUUAAAGUAUGAAGUCGUUGCCAAAGAUAAGGACGCACUAAAACAGCUUGGACAGCUCAUCACCGAUCGCUUCAAAAAUCAAUGUGGAAUAGUAUACUGCCUGUCUAAGAACGAAUGUGUUGAGGUUUCAAACUUCUUGAACGACAAGUGCAAGAUUAAGACGUCGUAUUACCAUGCUGGUCUUGCCGCUCGCCAAAGAGUUGAGGUGCAAAGGAAAUGGCACACUGGAGUGGUACAAAUUGUCUGUGCAACGAUUGCUUUUGGGAUGGGGAUAGACAAACCUGAUGUGCGCUUUGUUAUUCACAACACACUGUCCAAAUCAAUCGAAAGCUAUUAUCAAGAAGCUGGAAGAGCUGGGAGGGAUAAUCUCCCUGCUGUGUGCAUUGCCCUAUUCCACAAGAAGGAUUUCAGCAGGGUUGUCUGUAUGUUAAGGAAUGGACAAAGAUUUCAUAAAGACACUUUCACGACAGCAAUGGCUCAAGCAAGAAAGAUGCGCGAUUAUUGUGAACUUAAGGGCGAAUGUCGCAGACAAGCGUUGCUGGAACACUUUGGAGAAUCAUUUGACAGAAAAGCCUGCAAAAUUAGCUCUAACCCCUGCGACAACUGUCUCAAGACACCCUCAUGACACGUUAGCUGAGGCCGAAGUCAUCUCAUUUUCUUCGGGGCCUUACUUCCAUCACGACUUACCGGUACGUGAACAUGAAGAAAAAUGGCUAAUGGCAGACAAAGAACAUAUGUGCAUGCUUUGCUAUUGAUUAUUUAAACUGCAGAAAGCAAGACCCGAACCCAUUCCUCUACUUAUGGAAAGGUCUACUGUCUGAGGUAAGCCGAAACCUCCAACUUCCACUGGUAGCCCUUCGAUAAGGAACCAUUUUUCGUCCCAACAAACGAUGGAUAAUGUGAAUUCAUAAUUUGUGUACCCUCUGUUACUUUCUUCACAGGAAGGUUAAGCCAGUCUUGAGCGGGUCUUCCAACCUGGUGCUUUGCUCAACUUGAAGCUAUCUCUGAAAUGGUUGAUGCAAUGUUCAUUUCUAUCCAAACUGUCCUAGAAUUGACUGCUCUCCCCUUCGACUUAUCUUCAAGCAAGCUGGUAUGGACAUCUGCUGGUACUCUAAUAGAAACUUGCUCAAUUUCUUUACGAGUCAACUUGCUUUCCGUAUUUAAGCGUAAAGCCAAAUCUUUUCUUCUGUACCUCCAAACUUAUUGUUCUCUGAGAUCUAUGGAGUGAUUUAAGACUUCACACGAAUCAUUUCAGCAAUUUCUCAUUAUUGGUGUUUUUCAUAUUCCCCUGAAUUGUGUGAGAGCUUGACAUGUCAACAACCCAAUAUUUUAUCAUUUGUGUCAACAUAACCAGCAUCCUUUGAAGUAAGCAAAACAUGCAAUCAAAACCCCAUAUGCAUUCCAACUAGUAAUCGUAUUAUAAAAUCCCAAAUAACUG